AUGGCGAAGUGAAAGGAGGACAUCCAAUACGGGACAGCACAAGCGAAGGUGGCCGUAGAUGGGACGCUGAGAGUCGCUUACAAGCACGGGACUCCUCUGGAGGGCGGCCACAUAGCUGAAUCCGAGCGAGUCGACCUCUUCUCCUCCGCCCCCAACAUCUCUCCCGCCCAGUCUCAGCUGCAACCCCGCCCCAGUGCUGCUCUGCCUCCUCCUCCUCCGGCCACCGCCGACGAUGAUUCGAACACCCCUAAGAAUUCUCCUGCCACAUCUACUAGCACCGGUUUAUUAACUCCAUGCCCUUUAUUUUCUUUUCUUUCCUUUCUCUCUUCUCUUAUGUACUCCGCUCCGGUCAGAGUUUUCACCUGAGUGAAUAUAUAACAAAUUCUUGUA